GAAUUAGCACCUAACUAAGUGGGAUCAGAACCCACUUAGUGGAUAACUAAAAUUAAAAAUCCGAGCCUGUCGCGCACCCUCUCGCUGGCAAGUAAGUGUCGAAUGCGUGAGCUGGUUCCGUCUUAACUACCUAGCUUAUCCAAUCCGAACACCUUCCAUUUGCGUUCCGCAAGCCGCACGGAGAAUUUCCUGUGUUUGCUUAGUUGCAUCGCUGCAUCGUUACAGUAGAGUGACAAGAUGUGGAAUUUGUGGGACGUCGGCUCCCUGGUCAUCGCCGUGGGCUUACCUGUGGGGGUUGGGUUUGCCGGCACUGCCUUUGGCGGGGGCGGAGACAGUGAGUGGUACAAGGAGUUGAACAAGCCCCCAUGGACUCCUCCGGGUUGGGUUUUCCCUAUAAUGUGGACAACUCUCUACAUCUUGAUGGGAGUUUCGUCCUGGCUUGUUUAUAAGGAAGGAGGUUUUUCUGCUCAAGGCUACCCUCUCGGUGCAUAUAUUUUCCAGCUAGCUCUCAACUUUUUGUGGACCCCGAUAUUCUUUGGCAUGCAUUUCGUUGGUUACGGACUCAUAGAGAUAAUAAUACUCUGGUUCGCUAUCGCUCUGACAAUAUAUCUCUUCCUUCCUGUUAAUCCCAUCGCUGCCUACCUUCUCAUUCCUUACAUUGGUUGGGUAACCAUUGCGACGUCUCUCAACUGGUAUAUCUGGAUGUAUAAUGGCAGUUCAGAAGUUACCCAGCCGUUGCAGUCCGGCUCUAGUGCAUACAAUUAAGGCUCACCCUGGUUUGAUAGAUUCCUAACACCCGAGAAGGUGUCCUUGUCACUAGACAUUCUAUAACUCUUCUGAUCUACCAUAUUGUCAGCAUAAGCUACAUAAUUGAUUAACCAGUGUCUCCUCUUGUUCGUUGUAAUGUGGCAUGACUAAAACAAAGUAAAAUGACAUGGGUUUUCCAAUAC